GUAUAUCUCACUUCGCGUCUUCGCCCCGUGCGAGCCCCUUUCUAUUUCUUAUUUCAAAAAUAAACUCAAUCUCCCUCCUCCUCUAGAAGACGACGGCGACGCGGCGGCGUUGGGGCGAAACCCUAGUUUGAUCGGCGGCAACAUUGCGCGAUUUUGAAGCAGAUUUUGAGGAUAAGGAGGAGGAGAGGCGUCCGUAUCUAUACUUGCCAUGGCGAGGAAGGGUUGCACCCGACGGGAGCUCUUGGACCGGUGGAGCGCGAUCCAGGAGGAGCUCGAUGGGGACGAUCCUUCCCCCUCGAGGGAGCGCCGGAUCCUGCGAACUAAGGAGGAGUGGUUUUCAGAUUCCUUCAACUUUUUGGUUGAUUUACCAGCGGAAAAUCAUAUCUGGUGUGACUACUCAGACUUAAUGGGACCUCUUUUGGAGACAUUCCAUAACUUUUUCAGAGAUACAAAUUCUGUAUCACCUCUUAAGCUUUUGUGGAAGCGGGUUUCUCGAGAACUGGGGCAUUGCACACAAUGUAUAUGUCAGCAUCAUCAGGCUCAAGAAUAUUACAAUGUUGAAUAUGAAACAGAUUCUGUUGAUCCUCUACUGACAGUAUUGCACCGUCUAGACGAAGAGAGGGUAACAGAACAUCUUAAAGAUAUUAAUACGCGAAUUCGCUGCAAGGAGUAUGAUCCAGAAUCUCAUGGGACAGAAGUUGUUAGCGUGAUGUUUGAAGUGCUAAUGUUUCCUAUCUUAUUGGAUGACCAAUCACUUGUUAAUGAGUUUCAGUUCUUUAUUGAAGCUGUUGAUGAGUCUCAUGAAGUUACUCUCUCAAGCAAUCAACAGUAUCCAGGAAUAUAUGCUCUACUUUUUCUUAAAGGUGGGCGGGCAAGGGCAGUUGGAUUUCGUCUAGCUGGAUGCAUGGGGAAACUGAGGAGAGCAACAGAUCUGGAGCCCUUGCAACCUUUGUUGAGGAAAUAUAUUGGCUUUCUUGAAGCAGAGAUUUUACCAUCAACUUCAGAAGUGUUAAGACCAAGAGUGCAACUUGAGCGCAUAAAUGUAUGGAACGGGAUCAAGACAUUACUUGGCUUUCUUGAGGCGGAAGCACUUGAAGAUGGGAUAUUGGAGAAAUAUCCUGUUUUUCUGAGUUUUGUACUCAACCAUGUCAGUGAUGACACACCUGAAUUCUCUUUUGCUGUUGCUUGUCUUAGGACAUUAUUUGAAAUGCUUGGAUGUAAGCUAUGGUUGAGAACAACAUUAUCACCCAGUAUGAUGCGCAACACGCUUUUGGGACAGUGCUUUCACACUCUCAAUGAGAAAAGUCAUAAAGAUAUAUUUGAUCUUUUUCUACCAUUUUUGCAGUCUCUUGAAUCUUUGCAAGAUGGUGAGCAUGAAAAGCAACGAAGACAUUUUCUUUAUUUUCUCCUUCAUCAAGUAACUCAAAGUAGAAACUUCAGCAAUUUAAUGCGAAAAAAUGCUUGUAAGAUUGCACUUCUCAUCAUCCAACGUGGCUAUUCAAUGAAUCCUCCAUGCCCACCUUUUGAAUGUGCUCACAUGUGGGGGCCAUCUUUGGUCAGCUCAUUAAAGGAUUCAUCUCUUCAUAGUUCUUUGCGUCAGCCAGCAUUUGAUCUCAUCAAUACCAUUAUAAUUUCUGAUGCCUCUGCUUUGAUGUCUUUAAAAUCAAAGUUCAAUGAUGCUUUCCACAUUCGUGCAAACGUCCCACAAAUAUCGCUUGAUGAUGAAGAUGAUCAACUAUUUUCUUACGAUGUUGAAGAGAAGGAUAAUAGCUGUUGGAGUGAAUUUGGUAUCCAGAACAAGCUUACCUCUCUUGUAUGUGCAGAAUGGGCUUGUAUUCCCAUGUUAUGGUUUGAAGCUUUAACUAAAGUAGACCCCUCUAUGCUUCCUAUAUCUUUUUCCAAGGCUGUUUUCUGGGCUUUAUCUCAUAUUUCAUUAUUAGAGUUUGGUUCCAUCAUAGAAUUCUCAUCCUCCAUUGAAGAGUUCCUGUCAUUAAAUGCUAGAGAAAUUUUGUCAUCAUUUGGGUGGGAAAUCCCUACUGGAUCAGAUGAUGGUGGUGAUGGAAAGGAGUCCAGAAACUCUGUUAGGGCAUCAUCCAUGGCUUCUUUCCUAACAAAAACACUCAAGAGGCUUGCUGCCCACUUCGUAUUGCAAAUCGAGCAACAUGAACUUCAGAAGCAGUGGACAUGGGAACCAAGAAUGGCAGAGAGCUUGAUACUUUUGAUUAUAGAUCCUGAUGAUAGCAUAAGACAAGCUGAUAGAGUGAUCCUGGAACAUGUUUCAAGGACACGGGGUCUGACUUCUGGACUUCAGUUUCUUUGCUCUAGUGCAUCUUCUCUGUCUGCUAUGUUUUCAGGGUUGAGAUAUGCAUUACAACAGGUACCGGUUCAUUUGCUCGUGACAAAUUUUCAUAAUCUUCACCACUUAUUUUUCAUCCUGCGCAAAGUUUUAAAGGAAGUGGUUACUUCUGAUAAAAAAUCAGUUAAAAUGGAUACAAAAUCUACAAAUCCUUUAUUCGAGGGGGGAUUUUUGCAUCAACCCUAUUUUGAAAAUUUGCCAGACCGACCACCUGCAAGCUCAGGAACCAUAGUGGAUAUGAAAUCUUGGGAGAAGUUUAGUUGCUUUCUAUCAGCAGUUGUAUGGCCAACAAUUGUACAAUGUCUAGAGGAAGGAAAGGAGCUUGUCAAUAGCAAAAAUUGUCAGAUGACAUGUGUUCGAUUGCUUGAGACUCUUCCUGUUGUUUAUGAAAAACUCAGCUUCUCAUUGUCUGAGUUGUCUGGCAAUCUAGCAUGCUUUACCCAUGAUAUAUUUGACUUAAAGUGGUUCUUGCGUUUGGUGGAGUGGGGGAGAUCUUCUCUCAUCGUUGUUAGUAGACACUGGAAGCAGUGCAUUCUUUCUCUGGUGAACUAUUUAAAAAGUUCACACACAAUUAAGACAUCUUGCAAUCUUGGUGCUAUUGAAGCAAUUGUGUCGCAUGAUACUGUAGCAGUUGAUAAGCUGAAGGAGAAAGUGCUUCAACUUAAGAUAUCAUUGGCUGAAGAUGUUGUUCAAUUUUAUGAUCAGAAAGUCCUGCGGCCAAAAACAUUACUUUCUGAGCCUUCGUAUGUGAAGAAAAGUUCUGUUUCAGAGACUUAUGUCUGUAAUGAUCAAGUUUGCAGUGGGGCGACAUUUCCACCUCAAACAAUUGGGAACCAAGAUGUUAUUAUUCUUUCAGAUGAUGAAAUAGAAAAGAAGGUUUCCCGUGACUUAGUUAUUACAGGGGCCUUACCAGAUAACCAUUUAGACACUACUUGUCUGUCAGAAGAUGGAUUGAAGAAUGUUCCAUCAUUAAAAUCUUCUGGGAACUCUCAGGUUCCUUCUCAAAGGGCAAAUAAGGAUGUGGUUAUCAAUAGCAGUGUGUCUUCGAUGGUUGAGUCAGCUGUCUGUGAAGGCACAAGUAGUAUGAUUCUUCCAAAGAGCAUAGAAACAGAUGGAGUAAGUCAGUCAUGUAAUACAAGUGACAUCGUCUCAUCACUUAAAAAAGCCAAGUUAUCUAGCCAACCUUUUCUUCAUCAAUUAUCUUCUCAAAAUUACUCUUUGGAACUAAGAAAAGAUGAUGCUGUCAUCAAGGAGUUGAUUCGUCAAGAUGAUGAUGUCUUAGAGCGUGCCCUUGAUAGAUCUAGGCAUGCAAAAUUGCUGCCAGCAAAGCACAGCAUCUCUGUACCUAAAAGGCAAAUCGUUCAGCUUCAGUUGCCUACAAAAAAUAAAUUUGGUUCUCUUAAUAAGACAGACUUGGGGGCUAGAAGACUUAAACCUCCAAAAUUAGAUGACUGGUAUAGACCCAUCUUAGAAUUGGACUAUUUUGUUCUUGCGGGAUUAACCACUGAUACUGAAGAUGGAAAAUCUGCUUUAACCAAUUUAAGAGAGAUACCUUUAUGUUUUCAAUCAUCAAGCCAUUAUGUUGAGAUUUUCCGGCCAUUGGUAUUGGAAGAAUUUAAAGCGCAAUUACAUAGUUCAUAUAUUGAAAAUUCUGGGGAUGACAUGUCCUGUAGCAGCAUAUGCUUACUUUCAGUUGAAAGGGUAGAUGAUUUUCAUCUGAUUCGUGGCUGCCUUGAUGGCACUGACACUGUUGCAUCAAGAGUAUGUGCUGAAAAUGACUUAGUUUUGCUAACAAAGGAACCCCUACAAAAUGCAGCCCAACAUGUGCAUGUACUUGGAAAGGUGGAGAGGCGUGAGAAAAGUGAUAAAAAUCGAUCAAUAGUUCUUGUAAUCAGGUUAUAUCUUCCAAGUAGUUCUUCACGCUUUAACAAAGCAAGAAGGCUACUUACAGAACGAAGUAAAUGGUUUUCAAGUCGGAUCAUGAGUAUGACCCCUCAACUUCGGGAGUUUCAGGCUCUUUCCUCACUACAUGACAUCCCUAUGCUUCCGAUCAUCCUAAAUCCAGUCAAUCAUUCUGCUGGACAUCUUGCAUCUAAGAAGGUUCAACUGGAUAAGCUUUCUCGGUACAUGCAGAAAAUGUUUAUAUCAUCAUAUAAUGGCAGUCAGAUUCAAGCUAUUAGCACUGCCAUUGGGUCAUCGGAACCCAAGAAGACCUUAGAACUUUCCCUCAUACAGGGUCCUCCAGGAACUGGCAAAACUAGAACUAUUGUUGCUAUAGUAAGUGCAUGGCUUGCUUUACAAAAAGUUCAUAAGAGCCACUGUUUUAAAACUCCAAGCGCUCAUUCAAUACAUGACAAGAAUGAAUCUAGUCAUUCAAAAGGACUUAUUAGUCAGUCUGCUGCAUUGGCAAGAGCUUGGCAGGAUGCAGCCUUUGCUAAACAACUGAUGAAGGAUGCAGAAAAAGAUUCUUCUGUACCAACAGAACGUCCUUCACGAGGAAGAAUUCUUAUCUGUGCGCAGUCAAAUGCUGCUGUCGAUGAAUUGGUAUCCAGAAUCAGUGAGGGACUUUAUGGGAGUGAUGGGAAGGUAUACAAAUCUUAUCUAGUGCGGGUUGGAAAUUCAAGAACAGUUCAUCCUCGUUCACUACCCUUUUUCAUCGAUACACUUGUUGAACAACGUUUGGCAGAAGAAAUGAACAACCAAAUCAGCGGAAAAAAUGAUAAAGAUGUAGAAUCUUCUAGUUCACUUCGUGCAAAACUUGAAAAGGUUGUAGACAAUAUAAGAUUAUAUGAAUCUAAGCGUGCUAAGAUAGAAGAAAAUGAAAUGAACAUCAAUAACAAGCCUUCCCAGAAAGGUGAUCCACUAGAAAUUUCUGAUGCUGCAAUCGGUGCAAAGCUCAAUAUUUUGUAUGGACAGAAGAAGGCAAUUUGUGCUGAUCUUGCGACUGCUCAGGCCCGAGAAAGGAAAGUUUCUGAGGAAAGUAGGUCCCUCAGGCAUAAAAUUCGAAAAUCUAUCCUCAAGGAGGCAGAAAUUGUGGUUACAACUCUUAGUGGGUGUGGUGGUGAUAUAUAUGGUGUUUGCUCUGAAUCUGCUUCCAGUAAUAGAUAUGGAAAAUUUUCUGAACAGAACUUGUUUGAUAUUGUUAUUAUUGAUGAGGCAGCCCAAGCUCUUGAACCAGCAACACUAAUUCCGCUUCAGCUUCUCAAGUCAAAUGGAACCAAGUGUAUAAUGGUUGGCGAUCCCAAGCAGCUUCCUGCUACUGUGCUCUCUAAUGUUGCGAGCAAAUUUCUCUAUGAGUGCAGUAUGUUUGAGCGAUUACAGAGAGCUGGUCACCCCGUAAUAAUGUUAAAUGAACAGUAUCGCAUGCAUCCUGAGAUAUGCAGAUUUCCAUCAAUGCACUUUUAUGAGAACAAGUUACUAAAUGGUGCUGAGAUGGAAGGCAGGUCAGCUUUAUUCCAUGAGAAUUGUUGUCUUGGUCCCUACAUGUUCUUCGAUAUUGUUGAUGGUCAUGAACAUCAUGGAAAGAAUUCUGGUUCUGUAUCCCUUUAUAAUGAGGCUGAGGUUGAGGUAGCAGUUGAAAUAUUGAAAUUCUUAAAGAAAAGAUACCCAUCAGAGUUCACAUCUCGAAGAAUAGGGAUCGUAACACCUUAUCGGAGUCAGCUUUCAUUGUUACGUUCACGUUUUUCCAUGGCAUUUCAGUCAGAUGUUGUAUCUGAAAUAGAAUUUAACACUAUUGAUGGUUUUCAAGGGCGUGAAGUAGAUAUUUUAGUACUAUCAACUGUGAGAGCUUCUGGUUCUGGUUCUGAACUACCUAAAUCUAAUUCAAAAGGUAUUGGAUUUGUUGCGGAUGCGAGACGCAUGAAUGUUGCUUUAACACGAGCAAAAAUUUCUUUGUGGAUAGUAGGUAAUGCCAGGACACUGCAAAGAAAUGUCAAUUGGGCUGCUCUUAUUGAGAAUUCUAAAGAGAGAAAUUUAUUCCGGUCAUUUGUUAGGCCAUAUAGUCAUGUCUUUGCUAAAAAUUUAUCCUCAUACAGUGAAAGCAUAGACUCUUCAAAGUUGGCUUCACGUUCUACUCACCGAAAGCAUAGUGAAAGGGAUAACAAUGUGGGCUGUGGAACACACGAGGCCAGAACCAAUGCCAAAACAGGCAGCAAAAUAAAGAGCAAGCUUGGUAGGAAUCUAGACAUACAAACUAGCAGCAAUUCACGUGAUAGUGGCUUGACAAGUUCUAUUGGGUCUCCAAACUUAGGAGGCAGUUCUCUUUCAGCUGGUGAAUCACCAUUGCAGGUACAUGCAUGCUCCAAGGAUAUUAUCUCCAAGAAAGCUUCUAGAAAGAACAAAACAAAGAAGCCUCAGAAGCAACAUGAAGAGUCAGCUCAUACUGAGAAUAUAUUGCAGGAACAACCAACUUGUGAUAGACUCAAAGACGAAACUAAUGGCAAUGUACCUUUGGAAAUGGAUUCUUCUAUUGGAUGUUUGAUAAAGAAGGCAACAGCUGCUCGGAGAUUUUCUGAACAUGCUCCAUCUAGUACUUCAAGUCAAAGUUCAAAUUCUCCAUCUUCAAGGGAAACAAAACAGUUAACCAGUAAGAUGGCCAAGAUUAGUUCUUCUGAUACACAGGAGCCCAAAGAUUUAAUUGCACGGAGGAAACGACAACGAGAAGACAUUGAGGCUCUGCUACCUUCAGCUCUUAUAUCUUCAAAGAAGCCUGGUGCCUCAUGAAAACCUACUUCUAUGAAGAAGCCAUUUUCAUGUACUGCAUAAGGCAGCUUCAGAUUGCAGAGAUGGUUUAGCUCGUACUUGCACUCCAAACAUUGAGGCAAAGAGGCAACUGAGAAGCACUUCUAUUCACUAAUACAACAUGCACCUUAAUGGAUGUAAAGAAGCACUUCUUGGUUGACGAGUAACUACACCAGAAUGUCCAAUUGCAUGAUGCAGUGAUUGGGAGAUGGUAAGAAUUUUUUGGAGCUUCUCUCUCAUUGAUAAGGUGCUUUUUAGGCUUUCUGGUUCUCUAGUUUGAUUCAUUUUUUAAAGUAUUUUUGACCUUUGUAUAUAAGCUAUAUCCGUGUCUUACAUAUUCUGAAAAACAUAAAAUUUUGUAGACUAUCAGGGGUCUGAUUUUCUACUUCAUGCAAGAGUGGGCAAUAUGCAAACCAUUCUAUUGCAUCUUUUGGCUUUUGUCUAUAUGCUAAUGUACAUGUAAAUACUGAACUGAGUGGCUGAAAGCUCCAUCACAUUGCUUUGUUUGGGAAAAAAUACUUUUUCUAUUUUUGCUGGCAUUAUUCAAGAUCGACAUUGUAAAAGUUGUGUAUCCAUUCAGGUAUGUUAAAUUAAUUCUCUGUA